UUAGGGGACGGACUCAAAAUGGCGGCGCCCUUGCGGAGAGCCAAUCAGCAGCAGCACCCAUAGGGAACCACGGGGAGCGGAGAGGCCUUGGCCAUGAGGCGGGCGGGGGCUAGCCUGCAAGGGCUAUUCGCGGUCUAUAAGGCCCCCGGGGUCCAUUGGAAGCUGGUCCGGGAUGCGGUGGAGACCAAUCUGCUGAGAGACUUGAAUGCUUUGCAGCGGCCUCCCCCGCGGAAACAGGUCCGUUUUCUGCCUACCAAAACAGAAGGAAAGGAUGGGCAGGAGCUGACCAUGACAGUUGCAUCAGUCCCGAUGUUAGCUGACCAUCCAUUAGUUUCUGGGCCAGUAUUCACCCAUCUCAAAGUUGGAGUAGGUCAUCACCUGGACCGAAAGUCCUCUGGCGUAUUUGUGCUUGGAGUGGGUCAUGGCAACAAGCUGUUGCAUGACCUGUACAACGCCCAUCUCAGCCGGACCUACACCGUUCGCGGCAUGUUUGGCAAAGCCACUGAUGACUUCUCCGACAAAGGCAAACUGAUUGAGAAGACAACAUUUGAUCACAUCACCAGGGAGAAGCUGGAACGGAUUCUCUCCGUUAUCCAGGGAUCCCAUCACAAGGCUUUGUUGCAAUAUGCUAACCUUGACUUAAAAACGCAAGAAGCCUAUGAGUUGGCGGUGAGAGGACUGAUUCGCCCCAUGGACAAAAGCCCGCCUUUGAUCACAGCAAUCCGGUGUUUCCAGUUUGCACCUCCUGAAUUCCAACUGGAAAUUCACUGCUUGCAUGAGACCCAACAAUAUCUCCGAAAGGUAGUUCAUGAAAUUGGGCUGGAGCUGAAGUCCUCUGCCGUGUGCACACAAGUCCGAAGGGUCCGGGAUGGUGUCUUCAUGCUGGAGGAUGCUCUUUUGAGGACACAGUGGAGCCUGCCCAACAUCCAGAAGGCAAUUGAGAAGUCCAGGCUCAGGGUUAUUACGGAGCUCCAAAAGAGCCUGGCUCACCCGGAGGAACCCUGGUCUGACGAUGAGGGAGACAGAAAGACUGAGGGAGGCCAGGCUGAUGGAGGAAUGGGGCAAAACAUGGGAGGAAACGCCUUGUGGGAAGAUGCAGCAAUAAGAUGAAGAUCUUAAGAUUGGAAGACUGGUUGAGUGCAGAUAAGGAAAGUAGCCUGAAGUAUAACCCCAAAAGUUUUGUACUUGGUGAAUUAAGUGCUACCUUGUCGUCUUAGAGUACUAGCGUAUGUGUCUAGUGUUGCCUGGAUGUCGGAGGGACUGCUGCAUUCCUGCUUUUCUCCCUCCUUUCACCUUCCCUCCCAUCAUACCCUUUUCCCUGUUCUUUUCUUCCCUCUCCUGGCUUUCUUCUUCAUUCAUUUUUUUCUUUCCUUCUAUUCUCCUUUCCCCCCCUUCUCCAGCUCAUCUCACAAUAUCUCUGUGGAAACAUGCGUCUCUUUGUGAUUAUUCCCUCCCUCUACACAUGCCACCUUUCUUUCCCAGUGACAUCACAGAGGGCCACUUCACCUAGCAACCACUUUGUAGGUCACACAGACAGGCAAAUAAACAUAUACUUUGACUUUUAGAUAGGUAGAUAGAUACAGAUAAAUAGCUUUCCAAAAGCUAGUCCCACAGCCUUGAGGUCUGCAGAUACUACGAGACCUCUCUGGUUUCUCUUAUUAGGAAGAGUCGCUGACCAUUUGUAAGUACCAUUGCUGAGGUUUUUGCAAAAAGACUGGUGCACCCAUAUCUGACCUCAAUAAAAGGAACACAACUA